AUGAUCCUUUCAGUGACUUUGCCUAGCUGAGCUUCCCUUUUGAGCUUCAGCUUCCAAAAGAAGGUUCUCCUCUACCUUGCCCUACGAAUAAACCUCAAGGAUCUUUGCGAGGCUGUCGUAACCAAAAGUAAAGAAAGCGUGGUGAAAUCCCCGAGGUCGCUGCUGUAGUACCUACCAGAACAUCCCUUCAGUGAAGUGUUUGUCUUCUUUUUCCCGCAGAACAAUGCCAAGGUGGCAGUGCUGGGGGCCUCGGGCGGCAUUGGCCAGCCCCUCUCCCUGCUCCUGAAGAACAGCCCGCUGGUGAGCAAGCUCAGCCUUUACGACAUCGCUCACACUCCAGGAGUUGCAGCUGACCUAAGCCACAUCGAGACGAAAGCGAGCGUUAAAGGCUUCAUGGGACCUGAGCAGUUGCCAGAAUGUCUGAAGGGCUGCAACGUCGUAGUUAUUCCUGCGGGAGUCCCUAGAAAACCGGGUAUGACCAGAGACGACCUGUUCAACACCAAUGCUAGCAUUGUUGCUACUUUGACAUCGGCCUGUGCAAAGCACUGUCCAGAAGCCAUGAUCUGUAUUAUUUCUAACCCGGUAAACUCAACCAUCCCGAUAACUUCAGAAGUCUUCAAGAAGCACGGUGUGUACAAUCCCAAGAAAAUCUUUGGCGUUACAACGCUAGACGUUGUCAGAGCGAAUACUUUUGUGGCUGAACUAAAGGGCUUAGAUCCAGCUAAAGUGAGUGUUCCGGUGAUCGGUGGCCAUGCGGGGAAGACCAUCAUCCCUCUGAUCUCUCAGUGCACGCCGAAAGUGGACUUUCCUCAGGAUCAACUGGAAAAGCUUACAGGGAGAAUUCAAGAAGCUGGCACAGAAGUUGUCAAAGCUAAAGCAGGAGCAGGCUCUGCCACUUUGUCCAUGGCCUUUGCUGGUGCUCGAUUUGCAUUCUCCCUCUUCUCCACGCCUCUGCUACUGGGAAAAAAUGGAAUCGAGAAGAACCUGGGUAUUGGCAAGAUCACUCCCUUUGAAGAGAAGAUGGUUGCUGAUGCCAUGGCUGAGCUGAAGGCUUCUAUUAAGAAAGGAGAGGAUUUUGCAAAGAACUUCAAGUGAAGAAGAGUUGAUGAUGGAGAGGAAUUAACAACAUCCUUAAUUUAUUAAGGCAUCAUGUCACUUUACGACUUCUGAGUCAAAGCUCAGGCUUUGAUUGAAGUCUGUCUGUAUUAGCUUAAUGAUUGUUGCCAGUGCAGAGUCUAAUCAUCAAUAAAACGGCCUCAUUUUUUCAGUGUUCCA